AUCUCCCAAAUUUGGCUUUUGAGGAAAAAUGUUGAGGGAAAACUCAAGUUUCCUCGAAACUAUUUUGUACGACGGCUUUGACUGCAAGGUUCUGAAGCAUGGGAGUGAGGGGGCAAUCUUUCACUUAGCCAAUGUCAUGUUCACACUGGGCUACAUGAGUGGCAGUGGCUUUUUCGGACUAGUUUAUAUCUUCAGCCUUUUAGGCAUUGGUUUUUUCAUCCAGUCUCUCUGGGGCUGGGUCGAUGCCUGCGGGGUGGAUAUCUUUAUGUGGAGUCUGUUACUUUUUACGCUGUGCUUGGUCCAACUCGCCCACGUUGGCUACCGGCUCCGCAAGGUAACUUUCGAGGAGGACUUCACUAAUCUUUAUAAAGCCAUGUUUCGGCCGCUGGAGGUGCCCCUGAACGUCUACAAGGAGAUCGUGAGAUGCUGCGAUGCCGAAGUAAUGAGCCUCGCCCGCGACCAGAACUACGCGGUGGAGGGGAAAACGGCGAUCGAUCGCUUGUCGCUGCUGCUCUCGGGCAGGGUUCGUGUUUCUCAUGAUCAGCAGUUUCUGCACUAUAUCUUUCCCUAUCAGUUCCUUGACUCACCAGAAUGGGAAUCUCUGCGGCCUAAUGAAGAGGGCAGUUUUCAAGUGACACUGACAGCAGAAACAGAUUGUUGCUAUGUGACAUGGAAGAGAAGAAAGUUAUAUCUACUCUUGGCUAAACACCACUAUAUUGCACGCCUAUUCACUGUUCUGCUAGGAAAUGACAUUGCAGAUAAACUUUACUCACUUAUUGACAAGCUCUACUGCAGGGGCGGGGUCCGUUAUGACAUCCGUCUACCAAGUCUUUAUCAUGUAUUAGCACCUUCUGUCGAAUCUGAGAAAGAGAAGAUUGCAGAAAGUCCCCAUCAUGUUCCUCAGAGCUCAGUUAAUCCUCAAGAAUCUCCCUGUAAAAAAACAUCUCCGGAUCACACCGACCUUAUUGGUGAGGAUUCAACCAGCCUAGUUCUGGAAGACUUUGCAGAUAUGACUGGAUCAUUUAUGGAAUAUACCAGUGAAAAAGAGUACAUGAAAUAAUGAUCCAGUAAAUAUGAUAAAACCUUGUGUCUGUCCAUUCAUGUGUACGAACAAUUCUUGGAGCAGUAUUCAUAAGAAAUAUGCUCCAUUGGCUCCUACUCAGACUCCAGAGCUCUGAACACUACCAAUGUGAUAAUGAACGUGGCAUGGGAAACAAUAAACAAAUACUACUCGAUGAAUAUCAAAAGACUGG